AUGUGUCACCACACUUACCACCACUACCCUAGCUGCGGGCACAUCUCCAACUGGAAUAUCACCAGCUGCCAGGAGUAUACCAACAAGCUCCGCCUGGCCGGCCCAGACCGGAGCGCACUGUGCGAGGCUAUCUCUACCUCCCACGAUCUCCUCCAAUCAACCCAGCUCAGCAUGUGCAUCAGAUGCGAGUCCGAAUGGGCCUCCAGCAUCACCGAGGGCAGAACUCAGAAGGUGUACCAAGCGAUCGAAGGCAUGGACCACCCAGGAUGUAUCUUUGAGAUCGAGGCACGUAUGGUGAGUACCCUUGACUGUAACUCAGAAAUCGACACCGAUGACAAGGACGGUGAGAUUUCCCUGUACGCCAUCAGCGGCAGUGACAAGGACUCUGGUUUCUCGAGUGCUGGUGAUGGUUCGACUUCAGCUCCAGGCUCGAAGGCACACACAGCCAGAAUUUUGGACAUGCUGGACUGUACAUCCGAUAGCGAUGAGUCUGAUGACGGGGCUUCGGUGUGCUCUGAUAACAACAGUGAGCAAUAUUAUAGCUUCUAUGAUGAUAGCUCUUCGGUUGACGAUGAAGAUUCAUGCAGAUCCCCGUGUGACCGUGCAGGAUGCUGUGCUGACGCCUGUGCGACAAUCCCCUCCCUGCCCCCAUUGGACUGGGACAGCCUCAACCUCGAGACUUUCGGCCUUCAUGAUAGCAACAUCCUUGCUGAGAUCACCGUUCCAGUCACUAACUCACAGUAUCCCCAAGCUGAACUCCCUGCUAAGAUUAGUAACAGGGAAGAAGACCUUCCUGAGAUUGACCUAUCCUCGAUCCAGGAGCGCAUUGAAGCAUCCGUUCGCAGGCGCCUAGAUGAGCAGAACGAGAAGAAGACACAAGAGAAGAACUUAUCGCAGCUUCUCGACGUAGCCCUUCUAGAAAAGGACAAGAAUGACCGACGUGAGCGCGAGGCCGCGCAGGGCAUCGAAGAAGACCCACACCUCUGGGACACCGAAUCGAUUAAUGACUUAUUUACUCGUACAGCAGGGCCAUUGGAGAUCUACGAAGAUGCCAGCGAUGUCUCGCCACGCACCCAAGUCAAGGCCCGAGGGGACUCCCCUCGUUCCGGACCUCAGCCUAGAAUGCACAUCUACCGGGGAACCAUGUUUGCCGCCACUGAAGAGCAAGCAUACCAGAAUGGCCUACGGGAUAUCCGACCAUAUCUCAACCACUCAGGUCAAUGGGAAGGCCAGAUGCGGGCCUUCUCAGCUGAUGACGCAACUGAUAUGGGUCUGUUCGACGCAGUCCACCUUCGUAGGUGCUGCGAUGUGCGACCGCUUGAAUGGCACGCAUAUUACGGGAUGAUGCAGGCAGAUUCAGAGUUCGAGGCUGAGCAACGCCAUCUGGAGAAUAUCCAGAUCGUGCCUGGCUCCAAUAACCAGUUCUACGGGUCUAUCCUGGCGGAAGGCCUGGCACACGCUAGAGCGAUGGGCGUUUCAAACCCGCAACAUCUUUGGGGCUGUUGUGUUGAUGGCCAGUUUGAUAUGCCAUUAGCCGUGAAACACCAGUAUAAUGGGACGAUGAGUGCAAUUUCCCUGGAUGAUGGGGCGGAUAAGGGGCUGCUGGAUGUCCGUGAGAAUAACGGACUUUAUUAUGGGCACGUCGUAGUCGAAUGUGAAUUGGAAGCCUGGAAUAUGGGGCUGCGGGAAAUUAAGCAUGCUGACGGCUGUGACGGUUGUGCCGCAGCCGAGCCGGUUGACUUGGAGAUGGACGCGCUGCUUCCGAACCCAACGAACACAUUUUUUGGAUAUAUGUUUGGACACACCGAACAGGAUGUUAUUGAUCGUGGCCUACAGCAUGCGCUUUUAGUCCCGGGAUACACAAAGAAAUAUUCAGGCAACUUGCAAGCAGGAUCUGCUGAAGAAGCUAACGCGAUGGGGCUAAUCGGGGCUUCGCGUAUCGAGUGGGGGUUGCUGCAGGGGUGA